AUGUCUUUGCUCGGCCUCUCUGAGGCUGACCUGCUGUUUCUCGUCGACUUCAUCCGCUCUCGGGCUAACCUCCCUCCACAAAUUACCUCUAUUCUAUCUAAGCUUAACCCAGCUGCCUCUCUGGAGCUUCCAGUCAUCCAACCUCAUCUUCAAGGCUCAAUAUGCACUUCUCUGAGAUUACCUUCGAUCCUCGAAGACCUCGCUGCAGCUGGCCACUCUGAGGACAAUGCUACCUUUGAGUACCUCCACCUCCAGCAUACGCAUGGACCCCCUCCAGGUUCUCUGGGUUCUUCACUCACCCCAUCUCCUGGAAGUCUGUAUGAAAAUCAGAAUGCCAAUGCCGACUGGCCUGUUGAGGACGAGAAUGAGGUUGAGGAUGAGGGCGAGGAGAAUAUGGAGGACAAGAGUGAGGAGAAUAUGGAGGACGAGGGUGAGGAGAAUAUGGAGGAGGAGACAUCGGAUGAGGAGCCUCUCAUAGACUUGGUGCAUCAUCUUGGUGGAGGCAACUGUGUUCGAGGGGGAAAGAAAGCAGGCAAGGCACAUGGAAUGGCGUUGAUAGAGAACGAUCCUGCAGAGGAGGAUCAACGCAUGGAGAUUUUUGAGGAUGCGAAUGUCGAGCAGGGUGAUAGUCCAUUCAACGAGAGUGGGCCUGGCAAGGCUGCUACCCACUAUGUUGCAUUGCUUGCUGAGGGCACAUCAAGCAAUGUUGAAGGCCCAGAGGUUGCUAUUUGGGUUGGUGCCAUGAAGGAUCUUGUCGAAGGUCAUAUGUGGGAGCAUCUAGAUAGCGCCUUCGACACUAAUGCAUUGAGGGCACUCGUCUACCACGUACAUCGAGCUGAACAUGUGCUGUUGGGCACAGAAGUUGUGGCAAUGUUUGCGAAGGUCCAAUUGGCCAUAAAGAUAGAAAUGUGA